AGUGAGAGAGAGAGAGAGAGAGAGAGAGACUCAAUCACUCACUCGUCGAUUCUCUCACACCGAGGAAAAGAAUGAGGAAGAACUCGCUCUUCCACUCCGCCGAUUUUCUGUAUUUCUCCUGUCUGAUCUCUCAAGUGAUCUGAUGUGAUCUGGUCUGAUGUGAUCUGGUCUGAUGUGAUCUGGUCUGAUGUGAUCUGAGCGGCUGUGUGAAUGGGAAAACGGGAGAGACUCCGAUCCUGAGCAGUGCUGCGGGUUUCUUAUCGCUCUAUAUAAAAGCCGCAAACCGAAUGCGAGCUCUUAGUGCUGCAUCGACCACGCGCGCUCCGUCUCCCUGCGUCUCCCUCCGUGUCCGAAGGUUUCCCAAGCAGCAGACGGUUCAUUUUUCACCCGUGGCAGAAUGAUGAGGCAUUCCGAGGUUUCCUCGUUCCUCUCCACGGGGCUCCAGUGUCUUGCGGUAGUGGCAGCUUUGCUCUGCAACAUCCAUCACGUGACAGCAGAAAAGGUUCAGGACCAUUCCAGCUUGGACCAUGCCAACAAAUCUGGGAGCUGCGUGGGUUUGGUCAAGUGUUUCCCUGGGGUCAUUCUGCCGGUGUGGGAGCCACAAAACCCCUCUUUUGGGGACAAGGUGGCACGGGCCACGGUCUACUUCGUGGCUUUGGUUUACAUGUUCCUCGGAGUUUCCAUCAUUGCAGAUCGUUUCAUGGCAUCUAUCGAGGUGAUCACCUCUCAGGAGAGAGAGAUCACUAUUAAGAAACCCAACGGAGAAACCACCACCACCACUGUACGCAUCUGGAACGAAACGGUGUCCAAUCUUACCCUCAUGGCCUUGGGUUCCUCUGCUCCAGAGAUUUUGCUUUCGGUCAUUGAGGUUUGCGGUCAUAACUUUGAUGCCGGAGACCUCGGACCUUCCACCAUUGUCGGAAGUGCCGCCUUUAACAUGUUUGUGAUUAUCGGGAUCUGCGUCUAUGUGGUUCCUGAUGGAGAACAUCGUAAGGUCAAGCACCUUCGUGUCUUCUUUGUCACCGCUGCCUGGAGCAUUUUUGCAUAUCUGUGGCUCUACUUGAUCCUGGCAGUUAUCUCUCCAGGCGUUGUACAGGUUUGGGAAGGUCUCCUCACGCUUUUCUUCUUCCCCAUCUGCGUAGUUUUUGCCUGGAUCGCUGAUCGCCGUCUCCUCUUCUACAAAUACGUCUACAAACGCUACAGAACCGGCAAGCAUCGCGGGAUGAUCAUCGAGACUGAAGGAGAUCGUCCUCUUCCGUCCAAAGUAGACAUCGAAAUGGACGGAAAGAUACUCAACUCCCACGCUGUGGAUUUUCUGGAUGGAACUUUGACUCUGGACCUGGACGACAAAGAUCUGGAUGAAGAGGAGGCCAGGCGUGACAUGGCAAAGAUCUUGAAGGAGUUGAAGCAGAAGCAUCCGGAUAAAGAAGUGGAGCAGCUGAUUGAGCUCGCUAAUUACCAGGUUCUCAGCCAACAGCAGAAAAGUCGGGCGUUCUAUCGGUGCCAGGCAACACGGCUGAUGACCGGAGCUGGGAAUAUUUUAAAGAAACAUGCAGCAGAUCAAGCGCGAAAAGCUGUUAGCAUGCAUGAGGUGCGCAGUGACAUUGGUGAAAACGAUCCUAUUUCCAAGAUCUAUUUUGAUCCCGGAUCUUAUCAGUGCCUGGAAAACUGUGGAACCGUGGCCGUCAACGUGGUUCGCCGUGGUGGGGAUAUCAACCAAACGGUUUCGGUCGAAUUCCGCACGGAAGACGGGACGGCCAACGCGGGCUCGGACUAUGAGUUCACCGAAGGCACGGUGGUGUUCAAGCCGGGCGAGACUCAAAAGGAGAUCCGUGUCGGCAUCAUCGACGAUGACAUCUUUGAGGAGGACGAGAACUUCCACAUCCACCUCAGCAACGUUCGCAUCGUUCACGAAAGCGAUGAGGCAGAGAACGCAGAAGCCAAUCACGUGGACGCCAUCGCGACCCUCGGCAUGCCUUCCACCGCCACCGUCACCAUAUUCGACGACGACCACGCCGGAAUCUUCACCUUCGAAGAGCCUGUGACACACGUGAGCGAAAGUAUCGGUGUGAUGGAGGUGAAGGUUCUCCGAACGUCAGGAGCUCGAGGUGUGGUUACAGUUCCCUUCAAGUCCAUCGAGGGCACAGCUAAAGGAGGAGGCGAGGAUUUCGAGGACUGCCACGGCAUGCUGGAGUUCCAAAACGAUGAAAUCUUCAAAAUGAUAAAGGUCAGGAUAAUCGAUGAUGAAGAGUACGAGAAGAACAAGAGUUUCUUUCUGGAGCUGGGAGAACCGCAGCUUAUAGAGAGCAGUGAGAAAAAAGGUGGGAGAGAGGAAGUGAAGGAUGCAGAACAGGAAGAGGUGGAACCUCUAACGGGAGAGGAUGAAGAAGAGCGACGAAUUGCGGAGAUGGGGAAACCCACACUGGGUGAACACGUCAAACUGGAGGUCAUCAUUGAAGAGUCCUACGAGUUCAAGAACACUGUUGAUAAACUGAUAAAGAAGACGAACUUGGCGCUGCUGGUCGGCACAAACAGCUGGAGGGAUCAGUUCAUUGAGGCCAUCACAGUCAGCGCUGGUGAGGAUGAUGAUGAUGAAGAGUGCGGGGAGGAGAAGCUCCCAUCCUGUUUCGAUUAUGUCAUGCACUUCCUCACUGUGUUCUGGAAGGUUCUGUUCGCCUUCGUCCCGCCCACUGAUUACUGGAACGGGUGGGCGUGUUUUGUUGUGUCGAUCAUCAUGAUUGGCGUCCUGACAGCAUUUAUCGGAGACCUGGCGUCUCACUUCGGCUGCACCGUGGGACUGAAGGACUCGGUCACCGCCGUGGUGUUCGUCGCUCUCGGCACGUCUGUACCAGACACUUUUGCCAGUAAAGUGGCUGCGAUCCAGGACCAGUAUGCCGAUGCGUCUAUUGGGAACGUGACGGGCAGCAACGCAGUGAACGUGUUCCUGGGUAUCGGUGUGGCAUGGUCUAUCGCCGCCAUCUUCCACCAAUCGAAAGGGCGAGAGUUUCGUGUGGAGCCGGGGAACCUGGCCUUCUCAGUGACGCUCUUCACCAUCUUCGCCUUCAUCUGCGUGGCUACACUCAUGUACCGGCGCCGGCCCGACAUCGGUGGAGAGCUUGGAGGCCCGAGGACUGCCAAAGCGCUCACUACCAUGCUCUUUGUCAGCCUGUGGCUGCUCUACAUCUUGUUCUCCUCACUCGAGGCUUACUGCCACAUCAAGGGCUUCUAAACACACACACACACACACACACACACACACACACACACACAUGCACGGAAUCACACACAUUUAACAACACACUGAUGUCCAUAUGAAGAUGCAUAUGCUCACACAUUCUCUCUCACACACAAACACAAACACACACACACACAGGUCAUGAGGAAGGAUGGAUUCUAACAAGAGGGAAGCUGCAGACAGAACAUGGAGCUUUUUUCCCAUUUUAGCUGAGAAUAGAUAGCUGACACGUAGAAAAAUGAUGAAGAGGAAGCCGAAAAGAGUACAGAUACAUGAACAAGGAGAUUCUGCUAAAAAGUUUUUCUUCUUUUUUUGUUUGUUUCUUUUGUUUUUGUGAUUAAAAAUGAUAUAACAGAAAGUAAGGGAUGACUGAAGGUGAAGGAGAAGGAAAAGAGCUAUAAUGUGCUGUAAGAUGUUGAAUUUUAUUUAUUUAUUCUCUGCCAUUUCACACUCAAUGCCUCAGGCUGAAAGACUGAAUCUGAUUGGACACCGGUCAGCUGGUCAGGGCUCCCCGCUGACCGCGGUCAGAGGCUGUGACUGUGUGGAGAAAAAUGUGUAAUAAUAAUAUGAAACACUUGACAACUUUGAUGAGAAGCCAGUACUAAAACACUUUACGCUCUACAUUAGCCCAGGUUCCAGGAAGUGCUGGAUGGGAUAGAAUGGAAUUCUGGGUAAUGUAGUCCUGACAUCUGUAUCGUACGGAAAGUAAGUGCACUAUUCCGCUCCUUUCGUGGUCUUUGUGGUCAUUUUGACGCCAUUUUCAGCAACAAUAAUCUCUCGAAACUCUAACUGUUUCUCACAGGAUGGAAUUUACACUCUAGCUUUAGCUUUUUAAUUAGCACUUCAGUGGAAUCUCGUACUUACUGGAACAAGAUUUGACGUUGAAACUUCUACAGUAUAUCUGAUAAAACUUACUAAAAAAGGUCCAAUUAAGUGACCGCUAGCUCCCAGCAGGCUAACAUACUAACACCUAGAGCACGUAUUACGCUUAACGCACAGAGCUGGCAAAAAAUCAGGGGGAAUUUUAUUCACCUAAACACUACGAUAACUCGACAAACGCACCUUUAUCUAAUCACACCAGUCUGAUUGUAACUUCGUGUGAAUGUAAAAAUCUUAAAAACAUUAAAAGUUAAUGAGCUACUAAAAAUGUACACGUUUAAGGUAUAACUUAUAGCUUACACUAUUAGUCAGAAACUGCUGUAAGGAAUCAAUUAACACUGCAUUAAAGGAUCGCUGAGAAAAAACAGAAUACACCAGAACACAUGAUUUCUCUGGAAAACCGGUUAAUAUUCACUCUUCUGUUUGCAUCAAGAGAAAAAGAGACGUGAUUCAGAAAUUCACAAACGAUUCAGUCAUUUUGAAUCAUAAGGUGAAUGAAUCAUUAUCAGUCUCCAGGCAGGAUUUGUUCCUGAAUGAUUCGAUCUUUCUGAAUGAAUCUCUGAGGUGAAGGAAUUGGGAUCGCUCUGUCGGGUGUUUGGGAUUUAUUUUUAAAGACUGAAUCGGUAUCUAGACACGUUUUGAUACAGAGUCACUAAACUGAAUCAGAAUUGUUCAGUGUCACGCACUGAGUCAUUCCUCUCGUCCAGUUGCUGCUGAUGGGCUUCGUUAUUGCAAACCACAGAACUGAGUCAUGAAACCAAACCACUACAUUUCCAGAUGUUUCUUCGUAGAUUUAUGUUCUAACGUUAUGUUUUUAUGCCUCAAUGUUUUGUAGAAGUCUGUGAAGUUUGUGAACCGUGUGUGUGUGUGUGUGUGUGUGUGUGUGUGUGUGUGUGUGUGUGUAUGUGUGUGUGUAUGUGUAUGUGUGUGUGUGUGUCAAAUCUUUUGGUCACAGCCAGAUCCUCUGUGGUCGAGUGAAUUGUUGUCAACGUUCCAGAGCGUUCUGUGAGGUUUCCUCACUCGCGUUGUCUCUGCACUUCUGUUUAAAGCUAGCUCGUCCGCCUCGGCUGUUAGCAUCUCAGCUAGUGUCUGUUCUCUGUGUUCACUGUGUUUCUGCUCCUAUUCAGUCCAUCAGCAAACACACUGUCCACACUGUUGCGCUACGUAUUCAAAUCUUCCUUAAAGGUCAUUUUUGUUGUUUUCAAGUCCAGUUGUUAUUUUUGUUUUUUUUGUUUGGAUUUGUUUGGCUUUUAUUGAGUUUAAACAGGACAUUUAUCAUUUAGACCGGCCUCCUUACAUCAGCGUAUCAUCCUGCGUGAUGUUAUAGCCCGAGUUUACACUGAUGACUGUUACACAUAUAUACACACACACGUAAAACACACAGCUGCAGUUUUGUACAUUUCAUAAACAAGCUUAACCAUGCUAAAGAAAUGUACACACAUUACAGUGCUAAAAACUCUCCCUCACACACACACACACACAGUGGAGUUUACGAGGGCGUGCGCUCCCUCCAGUCCUGCUGAGAUUAUUUAAGUAAGGCUAACACUUUAGCAGAUUAGCAUGGUUUUAGAAACAGCUGCUCGAUUUAAACCUGUAGAUUUAGCCUGAAUACGACACUGAACUUAGCUAGCUUUUUUUUUUUUUUUAAAGUUAAAAAGGUAAAAGUUUCAGAUUAGACUGACUAAAAAUAAACACAGAGAUUUUUUAUCUAUUUGUCCUUUUAGAGUCCAGAGUUUCACGCUAAUCUAGAGUAGACAUGCUAGCAGUUAAGACUUGAUACAUUUAGAUUUGGGAUAAAUGCUAAUUGUAGUUUAGCUGAAGAUAAGAAUUGUAAAAGGGAAAAUUGUAAAAUCGUUUAUAAGAAACAAUUCUAGUGAUAGGACUGGGUUUUGUAUUCGAUGCUAAUGUUUUUUACCGAAAGAAAAGAAUUAAAGCGUAAAGUUUAAAAUGGCCGCCGUGGAGGAAUUUCCUACCAGAAUUUAUACAAAACAUUCAACAAAACUCAAGCACCGAGCGCUGAUCGGUAGCGACGGCUUCAGGACACGUAGCUUUAGCUUUAUGCUGAAGGAAAAACCCAAAACUGGCUUUAUAUUUUCUUUUUUGUUUUAUUUCUUCCUGUUUAUUCAUUUAUUUUUUGAUUACAAAAAUCAAAUUGGUUCCCUGAUAUUUCUAUAUGAAGAUGAAGGAAAUGGAGUGUGUUGCAAUACAAAGAAAACACACACACACACACACACAC